AUGGGUAGCAAAGUGAGAGCAGCUGGAUUAUUGGUCUACCGAAUUGUGGCCGAGAAGAAAUUCGAAUAUUUACUGCUUCAGGCAUCUUAUCCACCACAUCAUUGGACUCCACCAAAAGGUAAGUGCUUAUUAUUGUUUUUUCAUGAUUUAGAAAGGUGGUAUGGAGAUUUUUUUUUGGAUUUUUAAGAGUUUAAAGCUAAUUUUGCGAAGAUAUUUGGUUAAAUUGGGCGUUUUGAUAUUACACUUGAUUUUAAUGUUAUUUUCGGUCAAAAAUUGAUGUAAAUCAUGUUUAAAAUUUUUCAGAUGGUCAAGAGUUCUUUAGCUUUACAUUGUUAAAAUUUAUAAGCUAAUUCUUUGAAUAAAAAAGGGCAAAAAAAACUUUCGAGAUAUUAAACUUGAUUCUAAUGUGGUUGUUGCCCAAGAUUUAAUGAUAAUACAUUUAAAACCCUUUCUUACUCUAAAUUUAAUUUUGCUACAGGUCACGUUGACCCAGGAGAAGAUGAAUGGCAAGCGGCGUUGCGUGAAACCCAAGAAGAAGCUCAUAUUGAGCAAAGUCAGCUGGAAAUCGACAAGAACUUCAAGUACGAGAUGUUUUACGAAGCCAACGGGAAACCAAAGUCCGUAUUUUACUGGCUAGCGAAGCUGAAGAACAACGAUGCUGUGCAUUUGAGUCAUGAACAUCAGAAUUGGAAAUGGGCACCGCUGGAUGAUGCUAUAACAACGACAAAGUUUCCUGAGAUGGAGAAGAUGCUGCGACAAGCUGAGGAAUAUCUUUUGAAGUGA